UGCCCGUAAAUAUCCACCUCACUUGCGCUCAGACCUCGAAGCUGCAAAGUAGGCAGACAGGUCGUGUCUUAACAUCAAGAGAGCGCUUGACAGCUGCCUAGAUGGACUUCAUGAAAUCAACUCAGUCAUGUUUUCGACCCAACACUGCAAUAGGCACUGUUUUCACUAAUUUAAGAUCUACAACAACGAACAGCUUCAAAGGAAACAUGUCGUCACCUUUGCUUCCGCCCAGGCGGAUGAGUGGUAGGCGAGAGGCCUUUCGGCUCAGAACCGCCGAUACCAGGAUGCCUCCUCUGAAGCCAGCGAUGUCAAUGAGCUCACACACAGGUCUCACACCUGAGCAGUGGACCUGGACCAAUGCGACGAAUUAUAAGCGAUCAGACAACAACCGUAAAUAUGCUGAGACAUUUCGAAAGGACACCAUGAGACUGAUCCAGACUAAAGAACAAUUAACGUGUAAAACCCAAAACGAGAGCAAUAAAUGGAUAUGUGAGAGGAUUGAGGACAUAACAUUCUGGAGCAACGAGAUGAAGCAUGAGGCUGAGCAACUCACGAAGGACUCGGAUAUGCUCAAACACAUAAAACUGCGGCUUGACAAAGCUAUUGCAGAGACAGAUGGACCAUUGCAGGUGGCUCAAGAGUGCCUUUGUCAGAGGCAGAGAAGGGUGGGCGCUGAUAUAGUAAAUGAUGGAGUGGAGAAAGAGCUGAUGCAGGAGGUAGCUGUGAUAAAGAAUUGUCAGGAGCAGUUGGAAAGAGUCAGAAAUAAAGUGAAAAAGCAACUUGAAGCUAAUCGCAUGGCCCAGCUGAAGUUGGAGAAGGACCUGAAUGACAAGCACGUAGCUUUUGAGAUUGAUACCAGAUGUUAUAAAAUGACCAACUGCAACAGCAACAUCCAGUUCUACCCUAACCUCAACAAACUGGACAAGAGUGUUUCAGUGCCUGAGACGUGGGCCAAGUUCACCGAGGACAAUAUCAUGCUGUCCCAGAACGAGCGGGUCAACACCAGGAGGAUCAUGGAGGAGGCCGAGAGGGUGAUGGAGGGCACCUCUGCCGACAUGUGGAGCCAGUUCCACAGUGUCAACGUGGCCUUCACCAAACGCAUUGCCGAGACGACCGAGGCCAACAACCGGCUGCAGUACCACCUGUCCAAGACCCUGCAGGAGAUGUUCCAGACGGACAGAACCAUCGCUGAUCUGGAACGCACCAUCAACGACAAAAAGUUCCCUCUCAAAGUGGCCCAGAGUCGGCUUGAAGAAAGGACCAAGAGGCCCAACAUGGAGCUUUGCAAGGAUCCUCCGCACAACAUGCUCCUGAGCGAGGUGCAGCACAUCCAGAGCACGAUGAGUACGCUGAGCCAUCGCCUGGCCGAUGCCAUGGCCCUGCUGCAGCAGCUGGCCGACACCAAGUCCGUCCUGGAGCAGGAGCUCUUCGUCAAGGCCCACUCGCUCUUCAUCGACCAAGAGCGCUGCAUGGGCCUGCGCAAGGUCUUCCCCAGCAGCCCACGCCUGGUGGGUUACACAUUAGCUAAACCAGUCAGGACCAGUCCAACCCAGAGCAGCUCAGCUCCAACCCCAUCUACCCCACCGACUACCCCAUCCGUAUCCUAAUAAAACCCCCACAUAGCA